AUGGACACAGUCCAGGCAGUUAGAAAAAAGGCAGUUAGAGAUGAGUACACAGUCCAGUUAGAAAGACAGUCAGAAAGAGACAGUGAGAUAGUCAGCAGUUGUGGACACAGCUCCAACCAGAGAAAGAGUGGUUCAAGAGAAGACGACUCAAAAACGAGCAAGCACAAGACGAAGUGCAGCGAACGCCAUAAACCUCCGCAGUCUUGGCCGUCAAGUCCACGUCACAAGAGAAGACAUCUUGUUUAUCUGGCCUACUAUAUAUUAUAUAGGAAUUUAUUUUCAGUGAACCCGUUGGAUCUGCAAAAAAGAAUAGAAUUAUUGAAAGGCGAGGAAAAAAUCACGGAACAGUUUCAUAAAUUAUCGAAAGAAUAUAAACUUAGCAGACGAGUGAAAAACGACGUGAAAAAACUUUUACAGCAUUUUCUUGAAAAAUUGGCCGAAUCCGAAACCAACACUCUUAAUGGACUCUCUCACAUGGUUUUGAGUUUCUACAAAACUACAGAAGAGCAUAUGGCCAAUAAUUCUGUGUAUAAAUCUUUGUCGUACGAAGACAAGUGGAAAAUUUUAUACAUGAUGGAGAAAUAUUUAACUGCUAGAUUAAAUAAGGUUAUAUUUCAAUGUAUUACUUUCGAAGAGAGCGAAAACGAUGCCGCAAUUCAAAAAAGAAUUCACGAUCAUUAUUGGAUAACUCCGAAACAUCUGGAUUCGAAAGUAAACUUGGAAGCCGUGAGAGACAUUUUGGAUUUAGCCGUAUCGGAUUUAAACGAAAUGAAUUUUAAGAGUUCCACACUGGAUAAAAUCGAUUGCGUUGUCGAAUGCAGUAGAAAGAUAUACGACAUAAUGAAAACUUGUUCGCAGGUAGAAGGAGGAGCGGAUGAUUUUCUCCCGAUAUUCAUAUUCGUAGUCCUAAAAUCGAAUCCACCGUAUUUAAUAUCAAAUCUAAAAUACAUAGAGAAUUUCAGCUAUCCCCAUCGAUUGUUAAGAGAGGAAGAAGGAUAUUACUACACCACACUGCUUUGCGCUGUGAAUUGCAUCGAGUGUUUUUCGGCCAAAAAUUUAAAUCUAAGUCCAGAAGAAUACGAUAAAUAUCUUUCGUCGAAGACCGUGCCGUCGAGUCCAGCAGAAUUUGUGACUCGUAAUAACAUUAACUGUCUUAACGAUUUGAAAUUUCGUAAAGAAAAAGUUUUAGACGAUGCCAAACAAAAUACGAACGAAUUGAAGCAAAGCUUGUCGAAAUCCGUUAACGACAUUUUCCACGUGUCGUCUGUACAGCCCGUUACGCUAUUAUACCACGAACACGAAACUUCUAUCGAAGAAGGAAUAGAAAUCGACGAGUUUUACACUCCAUUCUCUAACAUCGAAGACGUGCUUAAUGAAUACGUAAUAAUAGACGAAAUCCCGGAAAUUUCGUGAUGUCUACCAGGGAAAAAUUCCGAUCGAAAUACCGA